AGGGGCGUUCCUAUUCCACCCCCAACAAGAACAAUCGACUCUACAACACAAGAUGAAAAGAAGCGACCUUGUGUUUCUGUUGCUAGUAUCCCUACUCUGCUGCGCAUGCGGGGUAGAGGAGGACGCUGUGAUGGGAGAGGACAGUGAGAGUGUGCCCAGUGAGGGUGGUGUGGGCGUGGGCCGUGAGGAUGUGGGAGAUGUGGAGCUGCCUCUUCUCAACGACGACAACUUCCUUCGAGCUGUCAAAAAUGUUGAUUUCAUGGUCGUUGAAUUUUACACUCCAUGGUGUCACCACUGUGCCAGCAUGCUGACUGUGCUGGGGGAGCUGUCAGGUGAUCUCCAGGCAGAGGGAGUGAGCUUUGCCAGGGUAGACAUUGAACAGAGCAAGGAACUCAAAGCAAGGUAUCAAAUUAACGCGGUACCAGACAUACGGAUACUGAGAAGAGGCGUGGCAUCUCCGUACACUGGUCCUAGUGAGAGCGACGGAAAACAAGCUCUUAUCGACUAUUUCCUGGAGGAAGCUGCUAUACCAUUGGAAGAAGGACCUAUUGAACUAACAGUGGCUAACUUUGAUUCCAUCGUCAAAGCUACACCCAUAAUACUGGUGGAGUUCUACGCUGAAUGGUGUGUGCAUUGUCAGCAACUGGAGCCACACUUCCAUGCUGCUGCCAGGAGACUCCGCUACAGCGACCCCCCAGUGCUGCUAGGUCAGGUACAGAUACCAGAUCAGAUGGAGGUGGCUAAACGGUAUGGAGUGGAGGGAUACCCACUCCUCAUCGUGUUCAGAUAUGGUAGAGAAUACAACUACACUGGGCCAAGGGAAGAGGAAGGCAUUGUUAGCUACAUGAAGAAGCAGGCCGGACCACCCUCUCAGCUGCUGUCCUCUGUGGCUGAGACCAAGGCAUUUGCUCGCUCAAAUACUGAAAUUCGUGCCAUUGGGUUUUUCUCUAAGAGUACUAACCCUGAGUUGUUGGAACGGUACAUGGAGACUGGGAAUAGAGUUAGGAUGGACAUGGAACUGGGACACACAACUGAUGAGGCUGUAGCCAAGGAAAUGGGCUUUAAGACAAAUACGAUUGUAGUAUUUCAUCCAAGAAACUAUGUAUCUUCUUUUGAGGAAGGUCAUUCUGUUAUCAAGACUAUCCCAACCAACCAAGAUGUGUUGAUGAAGCAGUUAAUGUCUCAUUCUCGUCCGCUGGUAGGUCACAUGACUGAGGACAACCAGCUCUCGGUGUAUCAUGAUCGACCUUUACUCGUUGGCUAUAUGGACCUCUCCUGGGACCUUCACGCUAAGACCAUACGCUAUUGGCACAAUAUAAUCGCCUCCGUUGCCAAGGACUACACUCCAGCAAGCAAGAAACAGUUGAUCUUUGCUAUAGCAGAUGAACAAGAAUUUCCGACCGACAUCAAACUACUCGGCCUAUCAGAUUGGGGCGAGGACAUUGCCGUGGGGAUAUUUGGAAAAGACGGUGUCCGUUUUGCGCUAACAGAAGAACUAACUUCAGAAUCACUGAAAGAAUUUAUCGAUGAUUUUUUGGGUAAAGGUUUGCGUCCUAAGUUGAACUCUGAACCCACUCCAAAAUCAAACAAGGGAAGUGCAAUCAAAAAAGUCGUCGGAAACACAUUCGAAAAAUUUAUGGGUGAUAAAUCGAAAAAUAGGCUCAUAAAAUUAUGUAUGCCUGAUGCUCCUCAGUGUAAAAAAGCGGGCGAAUAUUUCCCAAAAGUUGUGGCUCGAUACGAGGGAAUGGAUGAGGUCGUGUUUGGAGAAAUGAAUAUGGCGCUUAAUGACGUACCCCCCUCCGUUAAGUUGGAUGGUAUUCUACCAACUUUUCUGUUUGCUCGUAAGGGGUCAAAGGACAUUAUUCAAGUCGCUCCCAAGCCUACGGAUGAUGCUGAUUUGGUUUUUUUUCUUAAGGUUCGGCACAGUAUUCGUCCCACAUUGAGUGAGCGAGAUAUUGCGCUGAGGUCAAAGUACAAGAAGAACAAGGAAGGCAAGAAAGAGAAAAAGAGCGAUAAAAAGAAGUCCAAGAAAGAUGAACUAUAACAAAAACAACUCCUCUCUAACUAUGAUUAUUUAUAGGAGCCGUACACAUAACUUAUUGUAGUUGUUGCAUUAACGAUC